AUGAGACAACACCUCCAGGGCAUCGAGGACCUGCUGCGACAGUCCAGAAGAGACAAGGACAACCAAGGGUUCUCGGUGCGGUACUUCGAGCAAGACGGGCAAAAGCGAAGCGAGAUAACGAAUGGCGAGAUGUUUGAUGCUUCCGUGGAGAAACUAGACGGAUCCGAACUCGAGGAGGCUCUCCGAGAUAUACAGGCCACCUUGGGUCCAAGCGAAGAAAGGGACGCAUUUCAAGCCGUGCUGCGUGAAGUCGGAGGCGACGUGAGCAACGUCGGGGCCACUGCAGACUUGGAGAAGAUGAUGGAGAGAAUGGAGGCAUAUACCAGAUCAAUCGACGCCGAAAUCGAGACCGCCGGCGCCGGCCUGCCGAGGGAAGUACUCAAGGAACUACAAAGAGACUUGCAAGAUGUUGCCCUGACCGACCAAGUCCUGGGACCUGGCAUCGCUCCGCCCCAGAUCUCCGAGACGGGCUGGACGCCGAAUCAACGCAAGAAGGUUAAAAAGCUCAACGUGGCUCUGGCAAGGGCAUAUCGAGCAUCCCAUCGCGAGUCUGGCUUCACCAAGAACACCGUGUCAGCUGUGUACAAGGCCUAUCACGCGGCGAGAACCACAUUAGCUUGCGGUUGGGACCACGUUCCCGUCAAUGUGUGGGACUUGUUGUGGAACGUCCUUUCUGCCGACGAAUCCAUCAACAUUCACCGAUUAGCCCACGUAUCCCUUCUCGCCAGAGACAUGAGCGAGGCCAGGGUGGCACUCGGCCCGUCGCAGCAACUCGUCACGAUCGAGGCCGUCUUCGUCGACGGCUGGGAAGCAAAGGCGGUUGAAAAUUGGAAACGGUGCGUCAGCACCCUCGGAGACGAAACGGCCGAAACAUUCCAGGACUACUGGGAACUCGGGGUGCGCAUGUUCUGCCGGACGGGAGAUUUGGAUCAAGCGGAACGGGCUGCCGACAAGCUACUGCGCCGACGCAUGGAUCCACGCAUACUGAUUCCUCUUAUCCGGACAUGGUCUGAACAGGCAAGCCCAAAAGGCCAGGGGAAGGCGUGGACCGCGUAUCGAAAAAUGCGGGAGCUGCUGGGCAAGGACAUGGGGCUCUCCGACUACGAUCAGAUCAUAUCCUACUUUUUGGCGACGAACCAGACGGAAAACGCCCUCUUCGCGUUCGUCGACAUGAUGAGCGACGGAGAGAUGGACCUGAAGAAGCAGAAGUACAUGCCGUCAGUCGUGGCGAACAAGUUCUUCCUGGGCAAGUGGCUGAAGCGGCUGAUAGGCGCCGGCGACCUCGACGGGGCAUUCAGCGUCGUCGAGUUUAUGCGCAAACGGGGCGUGGCCGCGUCCCCCAUCCAUCUCAACGGCCUCAUCGGUGCGUGGCAGAGGUCGGGGGGUGCCGUCGACCUCGAGAAUGCGGACAGGCUCGCGUGGGAAAUGAUCGAGUCCCGCAUCCGCUUCGUCAAGUCGCGCGCGGCGUCCCCAGCAGACCCGGAGCCGGCUGCUGCCUCGUGGCCCCGGGCAACGCUCGAGACCUUUUCGCUCAUGGCAGAGAACUACCGCCUCCGCGAGGCACACGCCCGCAUGGAGCGCCUCUGGGACGCCUUUCGCGAGUCGGAAAUCAGCCCGGACGCCUUCAUGAUGAACCAGCUGCUCGAGUCGUACCUCCGGGCAGGCCAGCCCAGAGACGCGCUCGAUCUGUACCGCGCGCUCGUCACGCACCGCGGCAUCUCCCCCGAUCCCUAUACAUUCAGCGCCCUGUGGAAGACUCUCCCCGUAAACAGGCUCCACGUCCUUUCUCCCUCCUCGGUGCCGGCCGAAAUCGAGUCCACGCGGCGGCUCUUUUCCGAAACGGCCGGCUUCAGAGCCGUCUUCGAGCCGGGCGGCAUGGAUGGCCAGCUGGCGCGCAAAAUCCUCCACACGUUCCGCCGCCUCAAGGACAACGCCGGCUUCCUUGUCGCGCUGGCCGCCCUGAAGCAGAUAUUCAACUUCUCGCCCCCGGAGGCGCUGGUCAUGGAGCUUGUGCUCGGCACGACAAAGCUGUCGUGGGACAGUGCGUCGCAGAGAAGGCGUCUGCUCCUGGCCAAGAGGUCCCUGGAUAACGAGUUGCUGGCGUGGGCAGACGGCGACGCGAGCAAGCUGGAGGGCGAGGGAAGAGGGGCCGCCCUGUACGACCAUCUGCAAAACAAGUUUUGGCCAGAGGGGACGGAUGGGCAGAGGAGAGCGGCUCUGGUGGAUGCAGCGAGGGAAAUGGGUGUUGAGGAGGUGUUGGCGCCCAAGGCGUAA